CCCCAGUCACAACAACGAGCGACUCUUGCGAGGUGCCCGACCUGGCGCCAACAGAGCUGCAAGCCACAUGGCCAAAGACAAGACAUCCAAGAAGACACGCCUGCCCCCGGCCCAUGCCUCUCCGUCUCUGGCCCAGGACCCAGCACGCAAGCCCCCCUCAUGGCCCGCCUUCAAACCUCGCCUGCCAGUGGCGGACCUCGACGUCGACUUCCCCGUGCCAGCGCUAGCUGACAAGAUUGCCCUGGUCCGCAACUUCUGGCCAAAGAGUCUGUGUCGUGGCUACGUCACCUUUGUCGAGAGCCUGCCGUUGGCCCUCACGCCUGGCCGGCCCAAGCGAGGCGAGGCUGUCCGAGUCAACGACCGAUUCCAGGUGCAGGAUCCCGCUUUCGCACAGCGGCUGUGGCUUGAGACAGGCAUCCAAGAGCUCGUCCUCCGCGAGCCCUUCCGUCAUCUUUGGGGUGGCGAAGUCAUCGGACUCAACCCAAACAUCAGAGUGUACCGAUAUUGCAAAGGGCACUUCUUCGACUCUCACUACGACGAUGCCAACGUGGUCACCUUGAAACAAGAGGCUGGCGUCGAGACUACAGGCAAGACAACUUGGACCAUGCUGUUAUACCUGACGGACGACUGUGUGGGCGGCGAGACUGUCUUCUUCCCGCACGACCGCGAGGUCGAGAAGGAGGCCAUCGCCAUCUCACCAGAGGCCGGUAUGCUCUUGCUCCACAAGCACGGGGACGACUGUCUUUUGCACGCCGGCCGCGAGGUCCAACAGGGAGUCAAAUGGAUCCUUCGGACGGACCUGGUCGUGCGCCGAUGAAGCAAUGUUACGUUACUCUACCGCCGGCCAGCGCGACACGGUUCUGUUGGUGACCGUUUUGA